CCAGGAGAAGAGUUGUGAAUUGUUGCUGUUCGCUAUCAGCUGAUAAUACAAAUACUUUAUUUGUAUUAUCUCUUUGGCAGAGUAUGAAUUGUCUAGAUUCCCUGUUGCUCAAAUAGAUAAGCCACCACGUCUAUUAACUCUUCCAAAAUUCAAUAAAGAUUUUCCACAUCACCGAUGGCUGAUUGGGGACCCGUUGUAAUAGCAGUGGUUCUGUUUGUGCUAUUGAGCCCUGGGCUUCUAUUUCAACUCCCAGGAAAUAAUCGGGCAGUAGAAUUUGCAAACUUUCAGACAAGUGGACUCUCUAUUUUCAUACAUACCAUUCUCUUCUUUGGCCUCAUUACCAUAUUCCUUAUUGCCAUUGGUGUCCAUAUUUACACCGGUUAGCUAGCGUUUGUCAUCCAAUGCUCCAUUUUAAUAAACUAAUGUUUUCUUUGAUCAAUUUUUUUUUUUUAUAUAUUAUGGUUGUUGGUGUACCAGAAUACUCUCAUAGAUCUGUUUGUGUUUUAUUUUAAUUUGCCAACUAUUACAUGCUCUGCCAGUUGUUUGACUGUUUUUCAGUAACAUAUAUACUCGUUGAAGUUGAAUAUAUCAAACGGAUCCAGAAUUUAAGUUAAA